UUUCACACAGGCUCCACAGAUGUUAUUUAUUCUUUACUGAGCAACUGGGAACGUAUUGCAGAUCUGCAGGACCUUUUUUUUUAAAUAUAUAAACUAUUUUUCUUUCAUUACUAAUAAGAAAUCGUGGAAUCCAAGUACUGCCAAAGCCAAAGUCCCUGCCCUGCUAUAUAAAGUGCAAGACUGGAAUCUCGUCCCCACUCCUGUCCUCUCUGAACUCCUUUUAUCUGCUUGUUUUAUCCUCUUUUUGCAGCAAAAAUGACCACAGCUGGUAAGAUCAUCAAGUGCAAGGCAGCAGUGGCCUGGGAGCCCAAGAAGCCUUUGGUUAUUGAGGAAAUAGAGGUAGCCCCGCCCCAGGCCAACGAGGUCCGCAUCAAGAUUGUGGCGACCGCAGUGUGCCAUACAGAUCUUUACCAACUUUUGGAGAGCAAAGCUUUCUUCCCAACCGUCCUCGGCCAUGAGGCAGCUGGGAUCGUGGAGAGUGUUGGGCCUGGAGUCACUGACUUUCAGCCAGGAGACAAGGUUAUUCCUCUGUUCGUCUCCCAGUGUAGAGAAUGUCGCUUCUGUAAGAAUCCUAAGAGCAACCAGUGUGAAAAAACAUGGUCCUUAAUUCAUCGCAAUGCGACCGUGGCACCAGACUCCAGGUUUACCUGUAAAGGGAAGAAGGUGCUGCAGUUUGUGGGAACCAGCACCUUCUCUGAGUACACUGUGAUGAACCAGAUGGCCGUGGCAAAGAUCGACCCCGCUGCCCCUCUGGACAAAGUUUGUCUUCUUGGCUGUGGAGUCUGCACAGGAUUUGGAGCAGCAGUUAAUACUGCUAAGGUGGAACCAGGAUCCACAUGUGCUGUGUUUGGCCUGGGAGCUGUGGGUUUGGCUGCAGUCAUGGGCUGCAAGUUUGCAGGAGCCAAGAGGAUUAUUGUUGUUGACAUCAAUCCAGACAAGUUUGAGAAGGCCAAGGUGUUUGGUGCGACCGACUUUGUGAACCCCAAGGAUCACAAUAAACCCAUCAGCCAAGUGCUGCAUGAGAUGACUGAUGGAGGAGUGGACUUCUCCCUGGAAUGUGUCGGGAAUGUGGAAGUCAUGCGCAGUGCCUUGGAGUCUUGUGUGAAAGGCUGGGGUGUCAGCGUGAUUGUUGGCUGGACAGACUUGCAAGACUUUGCUGCUCGACCCAUUCAGCUCAUCACUGGACGCACAUGGAAGGGCUCCAUGUUUGGAGGCUUUAAAAGCAAGGAUGGUGUGCCUCAGAUGGUUAAAGCCUACCUGGACAAGAAGGUGAAGCUGGAUGAGUUUAUCACUCACAACAUGACUUUGGACCAGGUCAAUGACGCCAUCGAACUGAUGAAGCGCUGCGAAUGCAUCCGGACAGUCCUGAGUGUUUCUCCACAGUAAAACAGCUGUGUUGCUUUCAGCGAUGUACAAAUAAUUCUGUAACUAUAUUACAUGUAAUUUAACCAUCAUUUUUGUGCACAUGACACAAUGCACAUUUAAAGUGAGCUGUCAAAUUUUACACAAAAUACAGUUCUUAUCUCUCAACAGGCUUGUUUAUUGUGACUCGCCUCUCAGCAUUACUGAGUGGAUUACAUGCAGAUUGUCUUUGUGUGAGUCAUCUGCAGUGUUCAUGUGAGCAAACACUAAACAUGUGUUUAGAACACGUGUUUAUGGAGCAAAAUACAUGACAGACCCCAUCUAAACAGAUGGAAUCUGUGAGUUCCUUGUUUGUCUUCUGGUCUGACUGUGUUGUGUGUCAGAGUAUCAGUGACUCUGAGUGCUCUAUUAAACUGUGUUUAAACUGU